AUGUACUUCUCCGGCUAUCACGCGGUGAUCUUGGGCCUCCUGGGCGUGACCGGGCUGACCCAUGCCGCCGGCAACCAGACCGAUUACGUCCAGCCCGUUCAAGACAAAGCAUUCAAUGCUCUCAGAGAAGCAGAGGCUGAGGCUGUGUUGAAGCGAAACAGCACCUGCACGUUGGAGAAUGCUGCAGUUCGUAAGAGCUGGGAAGCACUGACCGGGGACGAGAGAAAAAGUUACAUCCGCGCAGUCAAGUGUCUCUUCUCAUCUCCUUCGCAGACGGACCCUAGUCUGAACACCGGUGCUCGCAACCGUUAUGACGACUUCGCUGCGCAGCACAUCAAUCAGACCAUGACUGUCCAUGUCACAGGAAACUUCUUGACCUGGCACAGACACUACAUCUGGUCUUACGAGCAGGCGUUGAGGAACGAGUGUGGUUACACCGGCUACCUUCCUUACUGGAACUGGUUCUCUUACCAAGACAACCUCCGCAAGUCCCCGGUGUUUGACGGGUCCGAAACCAGCAUGGGUUCUGAUGGCCUUUUUGUGCCUCAUAACGGAUCCAUUGGCCCUCCAGGCUUUCACAUCCCUUCCGGCGAUGGAGGCGGUUGCAUUGCCACCGGACCUUUCGCUAACCUGUCCGCGAACCUCGGCCCCGUCCAGCCCCAGCAAGACGGUCUCGUCGGCGUUGGUCUCGAAGAGAAGCUCCGAUACAACCCGCACUGCGUCAAGCGUGAUCUGAGCAACUGGCUCGCCAGCCGCAUCUACACCGAAGACGCCCUUCUCAACUCCACCAUCCGCGAGACGGCCAAAGACAUCGCCAGCUUCCAGACCUCCAUUGACAGCCAGAGCUACGGCUUCCCGGGUGUUCAUGCCGGAGGCCAUCAGACCAUCUCCGGCUCCAACUCCGACCUGUACUCGGGCGUCGUCGACCCGGCGUUCUACCUGCAUCACACCAUGGUCGAUCGUAUGUACUGGCUGUGGCAGGCUCUCCAUCUUGAUCAGGCGAAGACGAUCUCCGGCACUAUCACGUUCGGCAAUAGCCCGCCAAGCCGCAACGCUACGGUCGAUGAUCUUAUUGAGUUGCCUUUCCUGGGCGUAGAACCCGCAACACUUGGGAGCUUGCUGGAUACCCUGGACGGGCCCUACUGCUACGUGUACGCUUAG